AUGUUGUGGCUGCUCCUUUUCCUGGUGACUGCUAUUCAUGCUGAACUCUGUCAUCCAGAUGCAGAAAAUGCCUUUAAAGUAAGACUUAGCAUCAGAACCGCUCUUGGAGAUAAAGCAUAUGUCUGGGACACAGAUGAAGAAUAUCUCUUCAGAGCAAUGGUGGCAUUCUCCAUGAGAAAAGUUCCCAACAGAGAAACAACAGAAAUUUCCCAUGUCCUGCUUUGCAACGUAACCCAGAGGGUAUCAUUCUGGUUUGUGGUCACAGACCCUUCCAAAAAUCAUACUCUUCCUGCAGCUGAAGUACAGUCGGCCAUAAGAAUGAAUAGGAACCGGAUCAACAGUGCAUUCUUUUUGGAUGAUCAUACUCUAGAAUUCUUAAAAAUUCCUUCCACUCUUGCACCGCCCCCGGAUGCAUCUGUGCCCGUCUGGAUUAUUGUGUUUGGUGUGAUAUUUUGCAUUGUCGUAGUUGCAAUUGCACUGCUGGUUCUAUCAGGAAUCAGGCAACGACGAAGGAACAACAAAGGACCACUUGGAGUGGAGGAUGCAGAAGACAAGUGUGAAAACAUAAUCACAAUUGAAAAUGGCAUCCCCUGUGAUCCCUUGGACACAAAGGGAGGCCUCAUUAAUGAUGGCUUCUUGACAGAGGACGAACGCCUCACCCCUCUCUGA